UUUCAUUUUUAUUCCUUGUGCAAGUGUAAAGCAAAACCUCUCCGAGCUUUUGUUCUUCUUCCAAUCCUCCCUUUUUCUUAGUCACAUCAGACAAAACCAGAAUAAAUAAUAAAAAAAAUUUGUAGACACAUCAUACAAUACAAAACACCUACAUUCCUACCUUAUAAGCUUCUGACAUUUUGAAUCUCCAUAUAUACAUACAUAUUUCAUUUACUAAUUUAAUAUUAAUAUUAUUAUUGUCACUUGCAACAGGCACAGUUGCACAAAGAUAUUGUUAUAUAAAGCCUUGGAGUUUGUAAUAUUAUUGUUGAAUAGAGUUUUUCAAUAUAUGUAUAUAUAUAUAUGAAAGGGAAAUGAAACAGGAGAUAGAUCAUAAUCAGCAUCAAGGGGAGUGUUCUUAUUCUUCAUCUUCUUACCAACAAGCCAACUUCUUCAACAAUAUGAUGCAUCAACACAACAUGAUGAUGAUGAGUAGUGAUGACAUGAUCUUUGGAGGAGGAAGAGGCUUCAUCAACAACAACAAUAUGAACAUGAUGAACAUGAACAUGUUGUCUUCUUCUGAUCAAAUGAUGAUGCAUCAGCAGCAGCAACCAUGGUCCAUGCCAUCAAUACAAGAACUACCCUUCAACAACCAUGAAUCUUCUUCUUCGUUUAUUGUGCCUCCACAACAACAACAACAAGCUUCACCAUAUGCAAGCUUCUUCAACAGUAGAAGGGUUCAUCCAUCAUCAUCUUCCAUGCAGUUUGCAGCAGCAUAUCAUCAUCAUCAUGAGGGUGCUACUUCAUCAUUUGAUCUGCAAGCUGAACUGAGCAAGAUGACUGCUCAGGAAAUCAUGGAGGCUAAGGCUCUUGCUGCUUCCAAAAGCCACAGUGAAGCUGAGAGGAGGCGUAGAGAGAGGAUCAAUAAUCAUCUUUCUAAGCUCAGAAGCUUGUUGCCUAGCACCACCAAAACAGAUAAAGCAUCAUUGCUAGCAGAAGUGAUUCAACAUGUGAAGGAACUGAAACGGCAAACAUUAAUGAUCGCAGAGACGAGUUCAGUUCCAACAGAAUCCGACGAGCUCACUGUGGACGAUGCAUCUGAUGAAGAUGGCAAAUUGGUAAUUAAAGCCUCUUUGUGCUGCGAAGAUAGGUCCGAUCUCUUGCCUGAACUCAUCAAAACCUUGAAAUCAAUGAAGCUUCGAACCCUCAAAGCAGAUAUCACUACACUCGGUGGCCGUGUCAAGAACGUCUUGUUCAUCACCGCUGAACAAGAUUACUACUCAUCAUCAACCGCCAAUGAGGAUCAUCAUCAUCAACAUGACCAUAAUAAUAAUAAUAAUAGUUACGAAUACUGCAUUAGUUCAAUACAGGAAGCUUUGAAGGCAGUUAUGGAGAAAAGUAAUGGCGGUGUUGGGAAUGAGCCUGGUUCUUCUUCUGCAAGUGUCAAGAGACAAAGGACUAAUAUCAUAUCCUCCAUAUCUUAGAUCCAACGCUUUUAUAUUGCGGUUGCCAUUUUACUGCAUUUGCAAGAUUGCAACGGUUAUUUAUUAGGUGAAAAUUCAUGUGCAGUUGUAUUCAUAUGAAUUUGAUAGCUAAAAAUAAAUUUCAGCUAUCAACUUUAGGUGAAAAUAAUUGUACUUGAAUUUUCACUUGUUUAUUAACUAAAGUUGAAGGUCUUUAUAAAAUUUUAGCGGAUUAAAGGCCUAGUUUAGUUUGUUGUUAUAUAUUUUUAUAUAUCUUUUGAUUUGAAUUAUAUUAUUUAUAUUGUAAUCUUUUGUUUUUGGGGGGUGUUUUUUUCAUGGUGUGCUGAGAAAUGUGAUCACUACUACUACAAUGUAUGUUGUUGUGUCCUCUAUAUAUCAAUAUCAUCAUAUAUUUGAAGGAAUGAGUUAAUGAUAAUAUGAUGUGUAUGUUUAGUAUUUAGUGUUUUGUGUAUGUGUAAUGGUUGACAGCUUAUAUAUACAUUAUGAGUGGUUGGAUACAA